AUGGGUAGAGAAAUUUUCGAAAAGAAUCAAUUGACGAUCCUGGUAGACGCAGUCGGUUGUGGGAUCAUGAGAUAUCUUGAAAGUAUUGACCAAAAUAAGCUUUCAAAAACUGCAAAUCUAAAAUUCUUGGAAGUUUAUGGCUGCAAGCAUGAUGAGAAGGUGCCUGGUUUGGAAGUCCUUGAUCUGAUUCUUGUUUGCUGUUUACCAACUGGAGAUUGGGUGGAUAUUGACUUCGUGGAUACUGACUUCGUGGAUAUUGACUUCGAUAAUUGUUACAAACUGAAAUUACAUGCAAAGGAUCUACUCAAUAUUCAGAGAGACGCAGUUCUAUGGUUUCACAGUAAGGAACGGAAGAAACGCUAUGUACAUGAUUCCUAUGUACGUGGUACCAUAUUUUACCCUGGAAGCGAAAUUUCAGAUUGGUUUGACCUUGUAAGUAAUGAAAAUUUUAUAAAGCUUCCAACGGGUUGCCUCAAUGAUAAUGUUAUCGGUUUCGCUUUGUGCGUUGUUUUAUCAUCUCCAUGCAAGAGUCUAGAUUUGGAAUACUGUAAUUUCACAGUUCAUUUUGAUCUUUUUGUUGACGAGAAGCUCGUUUCCCAGGGCCUUCUCCGAAGUGCCAAUGCAACCUUAUAUGCUUCAAAAUCAGAUUUAGAUUAUGUAAUCAUAGGAUUUGAGUACAUAGUUUUGUCUGAAUUGCUUCCACUCAGUUCGAAUAGUGAGGCCCGCGUUGAGUUCUUACUUAAAGAUUAUUUUAGUUCUCCGUACAAGUUGAAAAAGUGUGGAGCUAGAUUGUUGUACGUCGAAGAUAAUGAUUUGAGAACAGAUGCAAGAGUGGACAGAGACCAGAGAUUGAAAUCUAUAAAUGGCUCUGAUGAGUGAUGAUGACUCUAUGUAAAAAGGCUACAGUAA